GUAAAUGCCCUUGGCCGGAAGAGUAGAUACAAGAGGAUGCAAGUGUUUUCCGCAUGAUAAAGUUAGCCGGAAAUUUGCUGUCUUAAAUGAGAUGCGUUAGGAUAUGGCAAACUUCAUGGAGUUUUUCCACAAGAGGAAGACUUUUCGGCCAAAAAAGAAAUUCGAGCCGGGGACUUUAAGAUAUUCUCUUCAUAAACAAGCUCAAGCAUCUUUGAAUUCUGGCAUAAAUCUUCGAGAAGCUGUAAAAGUGCCUCCUGGAGAAUCUGUAAAUGAUUGGAUAGCUGUCCAUGUGGUAGAUUUUUUUAACCGAAUUAAUCUUAUCUAUGGGACUGUGACGGAUUACUGUACUGAAGAAACAUGUCCUACAAUGUCUGGAGGCCCUAAAUAUGAAUAUCGAUGGGCUGAUGGCGGUGAAUAUAAAAAACCAACUGCUCUUCCAGCAGCAAAAUACAUCGCGUUGCUCAUGGAUUGGAUUGAAUCUCAGAUAAAUAAUGAAGAUAUUUUUCCUGUGAAAGUUGAUGUUCCAUUUCCAAAAACAUUUCUUCCAACUUGUAAAAAAAUUCUGACAAGAUUGUUUAGAGUGUUUGUACAUGUGUAUAUUCAUCAUUUUGAGCGACUUGUUUUAAUUGGAGCUGAGGCACACGUGAACAUGUGUUAUAAGCAUUUUUACUAUUUUGUUACAGAAUUUGAUUUGGUUAGUCAAAAAGAGCUAGAACCCUUAGCAGAAAUGACUAGUAAAAUCUGCAAAGGUUAUUCUCAUCCUAAACGAUAGAAAAUGAUUAUUUGUGUAUUUUGAUAAAUCAGAUGUAAGACAUAAAAAUUUUGUCCUAUGGAUACAGCACAAAGUUUUUUUCAAAGACAGUAUCGCCCUCAGCAUGCCUUACUUGAAAUCCAUCAAAUCAUUUUAACUGCAUUUAUCAUUAUGGGACAUGUAUUCCAUCUGCAAGCUUUAUAUACCCAUGUAGUCAAUGAGGCAUGUCAAGAGCCGAGUGGAUCCCAUAGCUGAGAACUUUUCAGUCAACAUCCUUUCCAACCUGGCUGGCAACUUUCUUCAAUUUGAAAUUAUUGAAUUCUUUUAUUUAUCAUAUGUACUGUAUAAAUAAAAAAAUGCAGUUGUUAAAAAAGUUUAAUGUGAUAUACAUAACAUGAUUUUUCAAUAAAUAUGUAUUUGAAAAAAAUGGGGAGUACUUUUGAAGAAAAUUGGAAUCAAAUAUUUAUGUCCCCCCACCCAAUUUACUAAGUAGAACCUGUUUCAGUUGGCUAGGAACUUUUAUAUUUCUAUAUAGUGGAAGAUUAUCUUGUUAUUUGGGAUCCAACCAUGUCUAACACUACUUGAUGGGUCUGUAACUUCACAUGUUCUCUUUAGUGUGCCAGAAUAUGAUCGUGCUAAAUUGUGAAGUGCUCAUACUGCUGAAAACUUCACAUGUAUUACAUUACUAGAGAGUUCUGUUAGUAAUAUUCUAAAAUAUAUUAAAUUUUUAUAUUUGCACUUUAAGUUAUGAUAUCUACUAAAUGUGAUUUUUGUGCUGCUUUGUUAACAUGGUGUAUUUAUGAACAGAAAGUACUGUAUAUUUUAACUCUUGAAACUGUGAAUGUCAUUACGAAUGAAUUUUAAAAUGAUCUCAGAAUAUCAGAAUUAAAAUGCUCAUUUUUCAUUUCA